AUGCAUCUCCUCUGUCUUCUACUGCUGUCUAUUGCAGCUGUGGGACUUGCAAGACCUAGGCCGGGUGAUCCAGAGGGUACGGGAGAGGCUGUAGAUUAUAGAGGACCGACCCCAUUCGCUAUAUUGCACGCAGGUCACAUCAACUGUGCUGAUGGAGGUGACCUCAGCCUGAUACCCUUCGGCGAAAGUGACUCGGAGUGUACUGGUCUUAGUGCCAAACCUGGUAACAAUGCCAAUUCCCUCUCCACCAGUAUUGACAUGGCCUGCAUAACCUAUAACGACGAGAAUUGCAAAGAAAAAAUGGACACGCUCACCAUGAAACCUUCGUCCUGCUGGAACUUCUCAAACUCCGUCAAGUCGUUCAAGUGCUUCCUCUAA